GCUCCCUCCACAGUCAGCACUCUGCGUCCUAUCUGAGCGGGCCCACGCAGCUCCCCAGGUACUUCAUCCAUACAGCAGCAGGUAUGGCGGCCGUGGAGCAGCAGGAGGGCACCAUCCAGGUCCAGGGCCAGAAUAUCUUCUUCCGAGAGGCUUGGCCAGGCAGUGGACAGGCUGCCCGUUUCUCUGUGUUGCUGUUGCACGGCAUCCGCUUUUCCUCUGAGACCUGGCAAAACCUGGGCACACUGCAGAAGCUUGCCCAGGCUGGCUACCGGGCUGUGGCCAUCGACCUGCCAGGUCUGGGGCACUCUAAGGAAGCAACAGCACCUGCCCCUAUAGGCGAGCUGGCCCCCAGCAGCUUCCUGGCAGCUGUGGUGGAUGCCUUGAAACUGGGUCCUCCAGUGGUGAUCAGCCCGUCACUGAGUGGCAUGUACUCCCUGCCCUUCCUCACUGCUCCUGGCUCCCAGCUACGGGGCUAUGUACCGGUGGCCCCCAUCUGCACUGACAAAAUCAGUGCUGCCGACUACGCAAAUGUGAAGACCUCUGCUCUUAUCGUGUAUGGGGACCAGGACUCCAUGGGUCACAGCAGCUUUGAGCACCUAAAGCAGCUGCCCAACCACAGGGUGUUGGUCAUGGAGGGGGCGAGUCACCCGUGUUACCUUGACAAACCCGAGGAGUGGCAUACAGGGCUGCUGGAUUUCCUGCAGGGCCUAGCAUGAGGGCUCCCCUCCCUCCCUCCUCUUCCCCUUCUCUCCUUCAUGGGCUCCUGCUCAUCAUGCACACACAGCAGGUGUGUCUGUGUUCUGGGGGGGGGGGGGGCUAUUGUCUCUUCCUCUUUCUCUUGCAGUGACAAACUGAGGAGGUGAAAUCAAGACCAAAAAACUUCAGGAAUCAAGGGACGUAAAUGGUGGAGGGUAAUCUGUUAGAUAAAUUUCUCUUACAGCUUUCCUAUUCCUGGCAUACCUUCCUCUGCGGGCUACUAUCCUCUCCCUACCUUCCACUUCCUUUGGCUGCCUUGCAGGGCAGUCACGCCCUCUACACUGGCCUCUUAGACCACAGAUACAUACAGGCCCACAUUCAUGCUUACACAUUUAAAGCCAUCUGUGUUCCCAAACAUGACCUUUCACAAGGGAGCAGCCACACAGGUGUAUGCAGCUCUGGACUGACAUGCAGUCUCGUCUUACACGGCAUUUCAUGCACACAUACACAUGCGUGCUUGUGCCUCCAGUCAAGCACAUACACAGGCAUAUGUGCCUUUCCAACCAUGAGGCACCCCACUCUCUGGGAAGAUGGGGGCCCCAUACACUAUCCCUUGCAGGGCACCCUCUUCCAGAUCGUGGGUGUGCUCAGCCCUGAAUUCAAUUGACAUGUAGUGAAAGGUCCAUGCAGCAGGCCGGAAUGCAAAAGCCUACCCGGAAGCCCACCUGGGGGGCAGGAAUGCGGAUACCUGCCUGGAGGACUCAGACAAUGAGCCUCCCCCCUCCCCCUACGAGUCUCAUCUCAGAAAAAGAACCUCUACCUGCCCUACAAACUUUUCCCGCCGUACGAGCCCAACUACCCACCUGACCUCUCCCCACCCUAUAAAACCCUGCUUCCCCCUAACAACGUGCGCGACUCCACUGACCCCCGCCUUGGGUCUGUGAGGUCCUCCCGGGGCGCAAUAAAGUUUCCCUCCCUUUGA